AUGAAUGCAGUGGGCAUGGACAAAAGAGCAGGCUUUUCUAUACUGAUCGAGUUAUUAGGAACUUUCUUGGGUACAUCAUUUAUAGAGGGGCGUACAUUAUAUAUUUUUAUUGCACUGUCUGUAAUAACUUUUUUGCUAAUAAUCAUCAUAGGAAGGAUGGAUCCUGGCACACUUUCCAGAAGAAAUUCAAAUUAUUACAAUAGUGUUUUAUUUAAAGACUAUACAUACCGGGUUAUACAGGAUAACAAAGCCAUUGCAGGAAGGUCAUUCGAAAAGAAAGGAGUGCAGCUUCAUUCAGAGGUAUUUUGCAAAACAUGCGGGAUAUUCCGCCCAUCGGGGACUUCUCACUGCAGAGAGUGUAAUCAGUGCAUUGCAGUCAUGGAUCACCACUGUGUGUGGCUAAGUAAUUGCAUAGGGGAAGUAAAUUAUCCGUAUUUUAUGAAUCUGCUGUCAAUUGAAUGCCUUCGAGGGCUUAUUUUAGUUGUCUACAGAUGCAUGCAGCCAUUCCCAGAGUUCACAUUUACUCAAAAAUCUAUUUGUUUUUACAUAACACUACUAUGGUCGUUCAUGUUGACUGCGUUUAUCUCUGCGUUAUUUGGAUACUUUAUGUGGCUAAAUCUCAAGGGGUAUACCUCAAGGGCAUACUGCAAACCGAAAAAAGUUCAGUGCAAAGAUUAA